AUGAAUGUAUCAUUGUCCCUGCGGUCGGCGCUGGGGCCGUGUCGAGCGGUUUCCAGCGUUCGCGCAGGGAGGUCACUUCUCCCUCUGAAACACUCUGUCACUCAAGCCCGUCACCUUCCAUAUCUAGCUUCCCAUCCACACGGCCAUCGCGAACUACCCUCCCUCCCACAAUGGUCCCCAAUCACCAAGCGAACAGCAACGACUUCAUCCUCCCCCGAACCACCCGUCCCAGUCCUUCCUUACUCCGCAUUAACCGUCGGCGUACCCCGCGAGACAUACCCCAACGAACGCCGCGUAGCAAUAACACCCCAGAAUGUCGCCGUGCUUCUCAAGAAAGGCUUCUCGCGUGUUCUCGUCGAACGAGGCGCAGGGGAACAAGCACAGCUGCUCGACCCCGCAUACGAACAAGCCGGUGCUACCCUGGUUACUCGAGAAACGAUAUAUUCGGAGAGUAACAUUGUCCUGAAAGUCCGUGGUCCGAGAAUGGAAGGUCCCGUGAAUGAGAUGGAGGGUCUCCGUCAGGGCACGACUGUGAUUUCGUUCUUGUAUCCGGCGCAGAAUAGAAGGCUUGUUGAGGGACUUGCUGAGCGCGGUGUUACGGCGUUCGCUAUGGAUAUGAUUCCGAGGAUUUCGAGGGCUCAGACUUUUGAUGCGCUUAGCUCUAUGGCCAAUAUUGCUGGGUAUAAGGCUGUUUUGGAGGCGUCGAAUCAUUUUGGUCGUUUCUUGACUGGUCAGGUUACUGCUGCUGGAAAGAUCCCUCCCGCCAAAGUGCUGGUUAUUGGAGCCGGUGUAGCUGGUUUGAGUGCUAUUGCUUCGGCCCGUCGUCUAGGCGCCAUCGUCCGUGGCUUUGAUACUCGUUCUGCAGCUCGCGAGCAGGUCCAAUCUCUCGGUGCCGAAUUCAUCGAGGUAGACAUCCAGGAAGAUGGCUCCGGUCAGGGAGGCUACGCCAAAGAAAUGUCCAAGGAGUUCAUUGAUGCCGAGAUGAAGCUUUUUAUGGAACAGUGCCGUGAAGUGGACAUUGUGAUUACGACUGCUUUAAUCCCGGGAAAGCCUGCGCCUAAGCUCAUUACCAAGGAGAUGAUUGCUGCGAUGAAACCUGGUUCUGUCAUUGUCGACCUUGCGGCCGAGGCUGGCGGUAAUUGCGAAGCAACUGUGCCUGGGCAACUGUCCACCCACAACGAUGUCACUGUUAUUGGAUAUACGGAUCUCCCGUCUCGUCUGCCUACUCAAUCAUCUACAUUGUAUUCCAACAAUAUCACCAAGUACCUCCUAUCCAUGGCACCUCAAGACAAGUCUUUCGGGGUAAACCUGUCUGAUGAAGUCGUCCGUGGUUCCAUCGUCACACAUAAUGGAGAAAUUCUACCCCCGGCACCCCGACCCGCACCUCCACCAGCACCAAAGCCAGCCGUUCCAACCGGUGCAGCAGCAAAGGAAGAAGCAAAACUAGCUCUAACGCCGUGGCAGAAGGCUACCCGCGAUGUGACGAGCGUGACUGCCGGUAUGGGAUCUGCUCUUGCCUUGGGCAAAGCUACUAGCCCAUUGUUCAUGGGUAAUAUGCUUACCUUUGGGCUUGCGGGUUUGGUGGGAUAUCGUGCUGUAUGGGGUGUUGCGCCAGCUCUUCACUCUCCGCUGAUGAGUGUUACCAACGCUAUCUCCGGUAUGGUCGGUAUUGGUGGUUUCUUCAUCAUGGGUGGAGGAUAUCUGCCCAGCACAAUCCCAGAGGCUCUCGGAGCGGUAUCGGUACUUUUGGCAUUUGGAAACAUCUCUGGAGGAUUCGUGAUCACCAAACGCAUGCUGGACAUGUUUAAACGCGCAACUGAUCCUCCGGAAUACCCAUGGUUGUAUGCUAUCCCGGCUGCUCUGUUUGGCGGUGGCUUCGCCGUUGCUGCUAGUACCGGAAUGGCUGGGCUGGUUCAAGCAGGGUACCUUGUCAGUAGUCUAUUGUGUAUUGGAUCGAUCUCCGGCCUUGCCUCGCAGCAAACAGCUCGACGGGGAAACAUCCUGGGCAUACUAGGAGUCGGGUCUGGAAUUAUCGCUUCUCUCGCGGCUGCAGGGUUUUCUCCUGAAGUGUUGACUCAAUUCGGCGUAGUUGCCGGUAUUGGUUCACUCGUCGGAGCUGUGAUCGGCCGUCGGAUUACUGCAACUGAUCUUCCUCAAACUGUCGCUGCUCUUCACUCGGUUGUGGGACUUGCUGCUGUCUUCACCAGUAUUGGUAGUGUGCUUACUGAAGUUGCCGACAUCUCGACAUUGCAUAUGGUGACGGGAUAUCUGGGUGUUCUCAUCGGUGGUAUCACAUUCACAGGCUCUGUCGUGGCCUUUAGGAAACUCGCAGGUCGGAUGUCCUCCAAGCCUAAGGUCAUCCCCGGAAAACACGUCGUCAAUUCAACCCUACUCGGAACAAACAUGGCGACUAUGGGCGCAUUCCUUACCAUGGCCCCUGGUUCUCCAGCAAUUGCGGCGACAUGUCUAGGGGCAAGUACUGCCCUAAGCUUUUUGAAGGGUUACACGACGACUGCAGCUAUUGGUGGGGCUGAUAUGCCUGUUGUCAUUACGGUUCUAAAUGCCUAUUCUGGAUUUGCCUUGGUUGCCGAGGGACUGAUGCUCGACAAUCCUCUCCUUACCAGCGUCGGCUCUUUGAUCGGCGUUAGCGGCUCAAUUCUAUCAUACAUCAUGUGCGUCGCUAUGAAUCGGUCUCUAACCAACGUCCUAUUUGGAGGAGUCGCAGCUCCACAAGGAGUCCAGAAGAAAGUCGAAGGCGAAGUCAAGCAAGUAACAAUCGACGAUACAGUUGAUGCAUUAUCAAAUGCAGAAAACGUCAUCAUCAUCGUCGGUUACGGAAUGGCCGUUGCAAAGGCUCAGUACGCCCUAGCUGAAAUAACAACCAUGUUGCGUGCUAGAGGCGUCAAUGUUCGAUUCGCCAUUCACCCCGUUGCAGGAAGAAUGCCUGGACAAUGUAAUGUUCUUCUCGCUGAGGCUUCAGUUCCGUAUGAUGUCGUCCUGGAAAUGGACGAAAUCAACGACGACUUCCCCGACACAGACGUCACUCUCGUCAUUGGCGCAAAUGAUACAGUCAACCCCAGUGCCCUUGAGCCAGACUCUUCCAUCUCAGGCAUGCCUGUCCUCCACGCGUGGAAGAGUAAGGAAGUAAUCGUCAUGAAGCGUGGGAUGUCAAGUGGAUAUGCUGACGUCGAAAACCCAAUGUUCUUCAUGCCCGGAACGAGAAUGUUGUUCGGCGAUGCCAAGACCUCUUGUGAUGCUAUCAAAUCUGGCUUGGAAGGUCGUAAAUAG